UUCUCAAGUCGACAUCAAGUAGAUCGUUGAAAGUGACAAAAAAAGUCCUCUAUUCUAUAAUAGUGCGAUACAGUCUCGAGUAUGAGAUAAGACAAGAUUCACAAUAGUAAAAAUAGGUUUUUUGAAAAUAUCAACAUCAGUGAGGUUCAAGACUCGGUUUGUGGUUACAUCAAUCGUAGUUUUCGCAAGAUCUGAAGUGAUAAUUAGUUAAUGUUGAUAAUGUUUUGAUAAACUCAGAUUUAGUUCAGAAGAUAUAAGGGAGCAAACGCAAUCUUGGACUCACUUUAAAAAAAAAAUUGGGAAAGUAUGGUCAGUGUAGUUCUAGUCUUGGUUUUGGGGUUUUUAGUGAUUGAAGGAGGAACGGUCAACGAUGGGGCGGACUGUUGCAACACUAGCACAAACUUUGACGACAUGCCCCAAGACCAGUUUAUUGAUUGCUUGACAAAUCCGUGUCGUUAUGACAGAUAUGUCAGACCUAACACGACCACUCCCUUUGACGUAACUGUCAAAGUUGACAUCAAUCAUUUGGAAGCGUCACAAUCUCAAUUUAUAGCAUACAUGACAGUAAAGUUUACUUAUUUAGACAAUAAUCUCAAUUUUGAGGAAAUUUCUCCAAAAAGACGUGUUAUUUUGGGUGAUGAUACCCUCAAAGCCAAAAUUUGGACGCCAAAUAUCCUCCUCAAAGAUCAAGAAGAGACGACCAUCGUUCAAAUUGAAGAAAAAGAAGGGUUGGUAUCGAUAGAUAAGACCGGUUUUGUGACAUAUACGUAUAAAAUGGUGGCAAAAUUUUAUUGUUGGAUGGAUUUAAAAAAAUUUCCUUUUGACACCCAAAAAUGUACUCUUAUUUUCAGCGAUUGGUCUUACAAUAGUGCCAACCUACAAUUAGAAUGGAACAAUGGAUCAGGGGUGUACGUCGCUGAUAAUUUACAUUUCACGGAAUUUAUUGUCGAUGACAUUGAAUAUGGCGACGGAACCAACGAUGGGCCUUACCAAAAUGAAGAUUUGUCAACUCAAGUGGGCAAUUUUAGUGAACUCAUGAUCAAAUUCCGUUUCCAUAGAGACAUCGGGUACUACCUACUUGAUUUUUUUAUUCCAUCAUAUUUAUUAGUAUGUACUGCUUGGGUGACAUUUUGGCUUCAAGCCGACGCUGGGCCCCCACGAGCCACCCUCGGAGCGACAACAGUCGUAGCGUUCAUCACACUACAUUUAGGUAUAAGCAAAGACAUACCUAAAGUGUCAUACAUCAAAGCAAGCGAUAUAUGGUUUCUGGGCAUCUCGUGUUUUAUCUUCUUUUCGUUGGCAGAAUUCGCUUUUGUUAACGUCAUCUGGAGGCGCAAGAAAAUAGUUGAGUUGAAAAAACCCAAACAGAAAUACAUAAUCCAAGCGGCCGUGAUGCCGAGCGUUGCCAGGAAACACUUACGCCAGUACGAGUCAAGUCUGUCAGUCGCAGCUUUGACCCAAUCAGAUUCUAGCUUACACCACGCUCCGCCCUAUGAAAACGGCUUUUACAAAAAUAGCAAUGACAGUUUAGAUAGCACUCAAAGUGUUAUUCCAAUGCCGGAAGAAGAGCAAGUUUUCUUGUGGACGAAGAUGACACCUCAAGAAGUCGCCAUUUGGAUUGACAGAAAAGCGCGAAUUGUUUUCCCACUUCUUUUCCUCAUUUUUAAUAUACUCUACUGGGUUUUUGUUUAUUACGGUUAAUCUUACUGUUAUUUAUUGAGAGAAGAAAUGACAAUUGAAGUGUGAUUUAUAGUGGAAUUAACGGCAGUUGGUAUGCAUGUUGUGUUUUGAAGAAUUAACUCACGUGUCUGUGCUAUCAAGUAUGCCUUGUUAUUUAUUUGUUUAUUUUAGAAUAUAAGACGUUCCUAUCUGAUCUUGAUAUUGCAAAAAAAAAAUUAAGAAUUCUAUUUUAAUUGAAUUUCUAUGUUUCGGUGCUAUAAAAAGAAUAAAUAAUAAAAAUAA